GAUGCUGCUGCGCAGAGGAUGGCGCUGCCUCCAGGGCUGCGCUUCGGGCUCCUGCUGGCCUCUUAUGGGCUCUACCUCUUAGUCGGUGCUGCCGUUUUCUCUGGCUUGGAAGGACCCCCCGAAAGAGCCCUGUUGGGGUCCCUGCAGCGGGAUCGUCUCGCUUUGCUGGAGGACUUCCAAGCCUGUCUUUCGGAGGAGCGCCUGGCAAGGCUGGUGGAGCAGGUCUUGGAGGCUGGCAGCUAUGGCAUCUCUGGUUUGGGCAACCUCUCCGGCUCUGGCACCUGGGACUUCUCCUCGGCUGUCUUCUUCACUGCCAGCGUCCUCACAACAACAGGUAAGGGCAGGUGGGCAUCUCACCUGGAGGAUGCUGUGCCAGGGCAGGUGAGCACCUUGUGCCAACUUCCAUUUCUGGCUGCAUGCACCAACACUAGGUUUUCUUUUUGGUCUUGGAUUGCAACUUAGGAGACCAGGGUUCACUUCCUAGCUUUGCCAUGGUGCCCACUGGGUGCCCUUGGGCAUGGCACACUCUCUCAGCCUCUUCAGGGCAAGACAAGGGCAAACCUCCUCUGAACCAAUCUGGCCAAGGAAAGCCCAUUGUAAGGUCAGUAUACGCAACCAGAAGGGACAGGGGCACUGCGUUCUUGGGUCCCUUUUGGGCAGAAAGAUGGCAUGAAAAUGAAACAGAUGGCAUACAAUAAUAAAUUUAGCACCACUUGGAUGGUGGCGCCUCUAAUCCAGGAUCCUGGGAUUGGUAUAGCCAGCUUGGCAUCAUGAUUUGUGCGUUGGACUAGGACUCUAGGGACCAGGGUUCAAGUUCUACCCCAGCCACGAAACCCAUUGGGUGACUUUGGUCAAGUCACACUCUCUCAGCCUCAUAAGAAGGCAAUGGCAAACCUCCUCUGAACCAAUCUGGCCAAAGAAACCCCAAGAUAGGGUCAAUAUGAAUGACUCGA